UCAUGGGCCUCGCGCUAAGCUAGCCUGCCAUGAGGAACCUGACAUGGAUAAGUGUUACUAGCCUACGACUAUGUAGACUGAAGAGGUGCGAACAUCCAGAUUGGAAUCAAUCUGUAAAGAUCUCUCCCCAAUCUUUCAUCCCCUAGAUGCGUUGAUCAAGACGCUUCAACCCGCGACCGCGCGAGGCGCCCGAGUCCAACGAACAAACAAAACAAUUCGAUCCAAUACGCCGACCACCACCACCGACCGCCCGUCAUGUCGAUACGUAGUUCAAGGAGGUUGCUCAUCACGACCAUCGUCGUGACGACGAUAUUCCUGCUCUUGGGGCUACACCACCGCGAGAGACUAAUCGGGCCCCUAAACCGCGACGAAAUAUCCCAGGCAGAUGUCGAGCAGCCAGAGCGCCAACAGUCCGAUCACGAAAAUGCAUCGUCGAACCCCACCACCGUCGUUGUCCUCGAGCCCAGCAAACCCAGCAGUAGCGAGGGAGACAGCUCAGCAAAGAGCGGCGGCGGCGAAAUGGCGCCCUCAAAAUCAGACCACCACCUCGAACUCGUCGUCGCGAGCGUGAAAGCCGAAGACACGACCUGGUUCCACACGUACCUACCCUCAUGGCACAAAAACAUCUACGUCGCCGACGACCCGCUCGCGCCGCUCACGGUGCCGCGCAACAAAGGGCGCGAGGCAAUGGUGUACCUGACGUACAUCAUCGACCGGUACGACACGCUGCCGCACGCGACGCUCUUCGUGCACGCGAGCCGGUUCGCGUGGCACAACGACGACCCGGACUACGACGCGCUGCCCACGCUGCAGAACUUCCGGCUCCCGUAUCUCCGGGAGCAAGGGUACGUCAACCUGCGGUGCGUGUGGACGAUCGGGUGUCCGGCGGAGAUACGGCCUGCCGUCGACGGCGAGGAGAGGGACAACGCGGAGAAGAUCCAGGCGAAACACAUCUAUAAGCAAGCGUUCGAGGAAUUGCUCCCCGGCACAGAUGUCCCGGAGGUGGUGGCCGUGAGCUGCUGCUCGCAGUUUGGCGUCACGAGGGAUACGAUUCGGUCGAGGACGAGGGAGGAGUAUGUGCGGUGGAGGGAGUGGUUGUUGAAUACCGAGUUAGAUGAUGCGUUGAACGGGAGGGUGUUUGAGUUUGCCUGGCAUAUCAUCUUCGGCAAAGAAGCCGUGCAUUGCCCCUCGGCAGCCGACUGCUACUGCAACGUCUUCGGCCUCUGCGAUAUUUCCUCCUGCAAGGACAGUGGCUGCGAAGGACGAUACGUCCUCCCGCCUUAUUCGACGCUGCCGAACGGCUGGCCUCUUGUCGGCUGGGAGCAGGAAGAGCGGAAUUUCACCGGUCCGCUGUAGUUUCCUUGUUUAGCCCCCUUUUCCCCCAUCUUGUAUUAUACCAGGAUAGUGACAUUUGGAAAAAUUCGGUUGGGAUUAGACUGGCUAGUGCUUGUCACAAGCGAGGUGCGUGGUGUGUACGAUAAGAUUGUCAUUUCUACAUGGUUAUUUGGGCACUGGUAAGUAAAACAGGCUGGAAUCUACGGCUGUUUUAAGGACAGGAUCGUUCUGACACGGAAAAAUAGGAUAAAAGCAUGCAUGCAUACUAGGCGUUCAGGAAAUAGCUUUGGAAGCGAGACUAGAAUUGGGGAAUCACUUGAUCACCAUCCAUCCACAUGUAUUGGAAAGGGAAAAUAGACACAGCACUUGUACACCAGAUUAAUAUUGUAAUGGGUCUCACUUCAAUUGUAUUCUUUUCGGAACAGUUGUAUCUCGGAUCAUGUUAUAUUCAUUCAUCCUGAGUUCGAGCUAUUCCUCCAGAAUAAUCUGAACAAAAUAGAAUGCGAUGCUUGAUUGAAGGCGGCAUGAGUUCUAGCUCACUCACAAAGCCAUGCCAAACCCAUUGCUCACAACAGGUAACAUUCUCACAUUCUCACAUACUGACUUACAACAUUAACAACAUCCAACAUACAUGCAGAAUGGUCUACAUGAUAUUUCCGCACAAACCUAUAUAGACAUCAUCCAUACAAAAUAAAUACCAAACAUUCAACACGCCAUCGUCCCCAAUCCCGCCCUAACCC